AUGUAUAAGGAAUUUGGUUUAAAAGAUGCCAUCUUUAGCAAGGUCAAGGAUAAAGACCGUGCAAUUAAAGCUGGCGCAUCGGAUGGUCCUGGAUUUGGUGAUGAUAUCAAAUGUUAUGGUAAUUCCGAUAAAAAUUUUGAAAAUAUCCUGUGUCAAAAACGACGUAAUUACGAAAAAGAGAUAAGAAAUACUGAGGAUAAAUUUUCCAUGGAAGAUUAUGAA